AUGGCGUCGUUCAUCCAAGACACUCUCGAGAAGAUCCCCGGUGUCGAUCCCAGACCCCUUCAGCGAGCCCAGUUCUUCUCUGGUCUGAAUGAAGGUCCCGCAGCUACCGCAUCGAGAAUCGCCGGUCUUGUAUCUGAAGCUCAAGCUCAAGACAAUUCUCCUUACUACACUUCCAACUUUGGACAACUGCUACCUGAUUCGGGUCAUCCUCUAAAUAUCGGUGGGAUACCAUAUCAAGGUGAUGCUUUGCUUCUUGAGAAACAGCAAGCAUUUGACAGAUCCAAAAUUCAAGAGCGGAUCGUACACCCCGCUGGGUGGGCUGCUUUUGGUAAAUUCACCGUUACCAAAGAUGUCUCCCAUCUCACAAAGGCUAGCUUUUUGAACACCGUAGGAAAGACCACCCCUCUGUUUUGUAGACUUAGCACGGUCACCUAUGGAAGGGAAUACCCGGACACCGCUCGAAACCCUCGAGGUUUCGCUGUGAAAUUCUAUACCGAUGAGGGGAACUAUGACAUGGUCGGUCUUAACUGGCCUGUCUUUUUCGUUCGAGACCCUUUCCAAGGACCGGACAACAUCAGGUCUCAGCAAAGGAAUCCACAAAACUUCUUAUUGGACUUCAACGCUUGGUUUGAUUUUCUGGCCAACGUUCCAGAAUCCCAACACGCUGGCAUGAUGUUGCUUUCCGAUCAUGCCACCCCAGAUGGUAAUCACUUCUCCGCAUAUGGAUGUCACACCUUCAAAUGGGUCAAUGCGGAAGGGAAAUUCGUUUACGUCAAGCUGGACUUCAACGAAACCAUGAUGACUCAAGGAGUUGAUCCGGACUAUUCCAAGCGACAGCUGUUCGAAACAAUCAAGAAUGGUGGGAGUUACAAAUGGACCAUGAUGAUCCAGGUGAUGACACCCGAAGAAACGUCUAAGGUCAGCUUUGAUCCAUUUGAUGUCACCAAGAUCUGGCCGCGAGGACAAUUCCCGAUGCAGGAAGUCGGAGAAAUCGAGUUGAACAGAAACCCCGAAGACUAUCACCGGGACGUGGAGCAAGCGGCCUUCUCUCCUGGGUCUCUCGUUCCAGGUAUCGAGCUUUCGCCUGACACUUUGCUUAACUGGCGAGCAUUCUUCUAUCGUGAUGCCCAAUACACUCGGUUACAAAGUGCCAAUAUCCAUCAGAUCCCGGUCAACUGUCCAUUCUUGUCCAAGUUUCACUCUCCCGACAAUUUCUUCGGUGCUAUGAGAAUUGAUGGUGAUGCGGCAAACAAGCCUACUUAUGUAACUCCUACGUUUGCCGGUCGCUCUGCAGCCGAGGCACCAUUCCAAGCCGCCUCUAACGUUGUCUCCAGAGAGAGUCACUGGACUCAUGAAGGCGAGCCUAGUGAAUACGAUCAGGUCCGAGAGUUGUACACUAGAGUUAUGACUGAUACUCAGCGAGAACACCUACAUUCCAACACCGCCAAAUUACUCAAGUUCGCGGACACCAUCGUCCAGCAUGGGUACCUGGUACAACAGUAUGCGAUCUCCCCCGCAUACGCUCAAGCGAUCUUCGAUCUUCUACCUGGUGAUCAGCAAGCCAAGCUGGACAUGAAUGCUGUUUCUGAAGAAUCCGUCGAUGCUCAUCUCAAAGGGAAAGACUUGAGCUUCAAAAGCAAAAAUGGUAGAAGCUUCAUGGGAAUGCCUGUCCCAAGUUCAGCUUGA